AUGGAGGCGGCACAGACAAAUGCUGAUUGGUCGUUUCUGAAUAAAAAGCCAUUUGGAUUCUUGAUGUCAAUGCAGACGGUACUUAGUUUGUUUAUCGUUUUACUAGUGGCAUUUGCGCCUUUCGUCUUCGAAGGUGUAGGAUUUGUGAGUGGUUGUGCUUUCACCUUAUUUGUUACUUCUGCAAUCUAUAAUUUGUUCCACGUUAUGGGAUGGAACCGAAAGGUGUUGCAGCUGCCUGGUGGUAUCAACCUUUUCGUUCCAUGCACUUUGUGGGUAUUUAUUAUGUCAGCAAUCUUCUUCAUAUUGUUCUCUUUUGGCACACUCGUAUGCCUCGUAGGGUUUUUUGAUUCGUUCCGAUACACUGUGCAACUGAUAAUCAUCUACUUUUUCUUAUCGCUAACCUGUGCCGCUGAUGCUUUCAUUCUGUCUCCGUCUUGGUGUGCUUCUUUUUUCGAGCCGCGCCAAACAGCCAUUUACUCGCUUUAA